AUGGCACUAGGCCAUUCCUAUGAAGCGACGCGUGAUUUUUGCAUUGCUCUGAGAAAUGAUUUGAGAAAAGUAAUGAUCUUUAUUUUUCAACGCUUUUAAAAGCACUGUAUAUACAUACCCAGUUAUGAUGACAAAUCUACAUAAACACAAUCAAUGACACAUUAUAACUCAAUAAAAAAAGCCGAAGUGAACUUAUAUGUAUAGUUCAAAAGCAACGAUGUUGACAGAUGACAUGUUGUAGAUAAAGCACAGGCAAUCCAAGCAAAUUUCAACCAUUACAAAAUAUAGUUUUGAGGUAUGUUAAUUUACUGGAAUUGUACAAUUUCCUUAAUAGAAUACUCCCUGGUACACUCUGAAAACACCCUGGUUAAAAAUGUCAUGAUUAAUCUAAAAUUAACACUUAAAUUAUGCAUGAUCUAAAAUUAAUCUAAAAUUAACAUACUUCAAAUUUACCGGUUAAAGGGAUACGGCAAUAUAUAUUUUUAUUAUUUCAUUUGGAAGAACUUUUAAAAUUAUAUGUUAAUAUCUUUUACCGAUUUUGCAUAACUUUAUUAUUUCUUGAGAUAUUUGAACAGAAAAAAAUCACAAAUCAGCGAGUUUUCCGCCAUAUUGGAUUUUGGCGGAUAUGCAUGUGACAUCAUAAGCAGGGUCACGCAAGAAUUUUAUCCAUAGAGCAAUUGGUUAUUAUGAGCCCAAAAUCAUAUACUUUAGUAACUAUUUGAAAUAAAAAACUGUCUGACGACUUUUCAAACCAGACAUAAUGUUAUUGCUGGCGCAGGCAGCUUCCUAUUCUUGUGAUUUGUUCCCAGACCUCUUUACCGAGCUAUAUGAAUGCGACAAUGAUUUGGAUUCAGCAAUGUUUGGAUGUUCAGUUUUAUGACGUUUUGUGACGUAGAAGAUAUUCGACGGGUCUUUACGGAAGCUACCGGCUGCUCUUCGGGACUUGCCAAGAUUUAGCACGAGGGCGAAACUUACAAGUUGGCAAGUAUUUAGCAAAUAUUGCGACUUUUAAGAAUUAUAUCUUCUUGUAAAGUCAUUUAUUAAGGUAAGAUUAAAGUAUUAUCUACGAUCCUUUUAGUUUAAGAAGAAUUUUCAGGAGAUUUGACGAUUUGUUCUUCUAUUUAUAUAUAGGCUCGCGUUUGAUUUUAUAAAUCUGACAGUGCAUAUUUGGUGUAAUUGGGAAUCAUAAUUGUGUUCACGCUUGUAGCUGAUCAAUAUAUUGAUCAGACACUUUGCGUGUUGGUCACGGUGUGGCAACAGGCAACUCAAAUGAAAUUUACAUCAAUUGUAAACAAGCAAACAGAAACAAACGAGAGCCAAUUGCCAUCAAAACAAACGAGAGCCAUUGUACGAAGGUAUCACGUGACUCAGAGCUACAGUAUAUCAUAUAUAAAACUGCAAAUUAUACAGGGUGCUUUUAACAUAAUUUCCAUAUUCUUUCCAUGUAUAUAAUCUCACGAUUGCUUAAUAAAUCUGGUAGGCCUAUGUGGCUGCAGUGCUUUUUGUCUCUGGUCUGCAAUGACAAUGACAUGCUUUUAAAAAGGUUUAUUUAUAAAAAGGUGACUGCACUUUGUGAGUUCUUAUAUAUUAUCAUAUAGUGUUGAUUUAUUAGUAAUAAAUCUGUGUAUAUAACAUAGGUAUAUAAAUUAAUAUAACGCAGCAAAUGCGCGCCAAGCAGUAUAAAUGCGGCUGAAAUAGGAUAUUAAAAUCUUGAAUGUGCCGUAUGAUUUAAGUACUGUUUAAUAAACGAGCAGGAGUGUUUUAUUAGGUUUAAAGACACGAGCGCGCAGCGCGAGUGGCUUUAGACCUAAUAAAACACGACCUGCGAGUUUAUUAAACGGCUUCAAACACGACUACAAAUUCAAUAGAUAUACCGCCUUAUUUGUAUUCUUUAUAUAAAAAAUACUAAUGAGGACACGACAACAGUAGAUACUGCCUUAUUAGUAUUCUUUAUAUACAGAAUACUAAUUAGGAGUGUUUUAUCAGGUUUAAAGCCACUGCACGUGACAUAUUAUAGUUGACAUGAUUUGCCCAUAAGCUUAUGAAUUAUUAAUGAGUGUUUGAAUUAUGUUUUAGGAUUUAAAGCCUUUAAAAAUGCUUUGUCAUUUGUAUUUGUAUGCCUACUUGUACUUGUACUGCAUCACAACGCAGUGCGUAAGUGAACAGAUUCCACAUGUGAGGUUGUCUUGUAUAUAUUUUUGCCUUCUUUGAUAAACAUUAUUAAUUAAACACGCAAAUUUAGUGAGACGCACACUCACACAUGUUAAAUGUCACCUGCAUGUCAUCGUCAUUGCCCUUUAACCCGUGGUCUAAAUCAUAUGAUUAUUAAAGCGGGGCCGUUUUGACUUUGGGCAUUUUUGACCUAGCACCGUAUUUGUGGGCAAAUUGUCUAUACAAUUUUAUAUACUAGAUAUCACAGCCAUACCUGCCAUUUUGAUCUUUUCCUCGCGUUAGAUAAGUUGAUAAGUACACUCAUUCUUGUUAGCCAUCGUACCUGUUCGGCUGUUCCUCUUUCGAUACAAAACUUCGAGCGCCGAGUUAUCAUACGGCACAUUCAAGUGUAUAAAUUAUGGAUGAUUCCAAUUCAUUACGAAUAUUUCUUACUCUUAUUCUUUAAAAUAUUAAGAGGCAAUUUUUUGUCAAUGUCACGUAUUUGCAAUGAAAAGUGUUCAAAACCUAGAAUCUUUUUGGCGUUCCUCUCAAAAUUACUUUGUUUUAGCUCUAUUCUCUACAGUUUAUAGAGUUAGCUACCUUUUUAAAUGCGUCUGCCGGUUGAGAAACAUACAAUAAUAGUUAAAAAUUGCCAAUUAAAAUACAAUUAUCAAUGAUGCCUUAAAAUUGACGCUAUAUUUACAGCCAUUUAAGGCAAAACGUACUGAACUUCAGACAUCAUUUUCUCUUUGGCGUAUCAUCUAAAAUCUCUUCAUUUUAGCAUUAUUUUACAGAUAAAGCACUAAACAUACUUUUUAAGGUUUUUUUCACCGAUUGAGAAACGUAUCGAAAAAUAAAAAUUUUGAUUUUAGUCAUAAUCUCAUGUGGUAUAUUAUACGCAUUAGUUUUGAGCGCGUGUUACGUAACAUACAAAAAAUCUCAUUUAAAGAUUUGGGAACAAUGCUAUACCAAGGCAGCAUUCACUACCCUGUGGGUAAACUAGUUUGGUCAUUUAGAUCUAGUUUUUCUGGCUAACCCUGCUUAUGACGUCACUAAAAUCACCGAUAAUGAGAUAAAAAUUAAUCCAAGAUGGCGGACAGCAAAUUAUUUUAAAUCAAAAUAUUUCAAGAAAUAAUAAAGUUACGCAAAAUCGGUAAAGGAGAUUAACAUAUAAUUUUAAAAGUUCUUUAAAAUGAAAUAAUAAAAAAAAAUAUUGCCGUAUCCCUUUAAGUUAACCACGGUCCUGCAUGGCUAAUUUAACCAGGAUUCCACCCCCGAGAAUAUGCUAAUUAAAGUUUAGUGCAUAUUUUCCCCUUUAUACCCCAGGUAUAGAACUCGCAUGAAAUAAUCACUGUGUCAAAUACUUUUUCAGUCAUCGCCACGUGCUCAUGGUGUAAGAGUGAACUGCAUAUGUCCGGCUGGUGUUUACACUGACAUGGUAACGGGCAUCCUUAAUUCUGUAUGGGAAGGAAGGUACAAACCUCCUCAGGAUCUUUUCGAUUCCAUGCCGAAAACUCACGAAGCGGCCCUGAAGAUCUACUUGAAGUAUGUUCAUUUGUGUUUGUAGCUUGUAUUGAGUUGGUUUGGGCAUGGCUAAAACACAGGAGUUCUGGGUAUUAUACCGAAUAACUAAUUUUUACAAUUGGGUUAUAAUUAUGUUUAUAAAGAAACCUGUCAAAAGAUAGGAAAAAAAUAUAUUCCCUUGAAAUCUGGGGUUUGUUCCAGUCACGUUUUAUUUGCUUGAUAAAAUAGUGACCCCGGGACAUUGUUUAAUGAUCGAGCUUUCCUGGGAAAAGCCAUAGUUUUGUUUAUACGUUUUCUCCAGAACUCAAUACAAUGCAAACCCACGUCCUGGACAAAACCUUGACUGCGUCCUGACGGUAUUACGUCACACGAAAAUCAUUUCCGGUCAAGGUCCUGGACGGCAAUAUUCUCGAUGCUUAAGGUCUCUAAUAUAAUUAAAAGUGCGCACGGGUAGAAAUUGUUUUGACCCAAUUCGCAAGCGCGACAAGAUUGGACUCUCCUGAGGAAAAUAACCAUACAAAAUGUUUUUAACCCUGUGCAUUUUACCUGCGUUUUUUUAUUUUGUUUCCAUCAAAUGAAGAGUCCUGAAAUUAGUUACCUCAAAUGAAGGCAAUUUCUCACCCUAGUGCAUGCUCCCCAGUGAUUUACUCUAAUUUGUUAAUUGGCAACGUAAAUAAGGAUAACUGAUUGAUGGUAUUAAAAGCCAUUAUAAAACUGUUCUAGCCAUGCACCUUUAAAAGUUAUGUUAGUCAUUGAACAUGGAUUAAAUCUAAUUUACCAUACUUUUAUUUAUGAUAUGGGAUGUCAUGUCACAACCUCAAAUUCGAACUGAACCACGGAUCCCGUCAUCGGAGCUAGCCCUAUAGACCUUGGCUUCGCCCGGAAUAAUCGGCUUGGACUUAAAAUCUGGCCUAGUUCUCAUUUUCAGUUUUGAAAUAUUGGAUUUCAUACCGUUUUUAAUUCUGACGAAUGCUACACCUUCUUUCCUAGACCGUCAGACGUUGUCAAUGAAGUGAUGAAACUCAUAAAUGACGAGUCAAAAAAUGGUCAAGUGUUAUUAAUCACAAAAGAUCCAGAGGGUCCCAUGCAGGUGAAGGUUGAAAACAUCGAGUUAAAAUAACUGACGUUAUGUACACUUAUUAUCAAGUUUGAAAUGCUUAAUGUUCGCCAAUAGAAUCCAUCUUCUUAGAACUGCCUCCUGCAAUUUAGUCAGUUUGAUCAUCCUACAGUAAGUCCUUGUUUUUUUCUCUUUAAUAUAAAAAUUGUUCACUG